UCUGCCUCGUCUAGGCAGCUCCGAGAGUCUACUCCCACCUACCUCUCCUCUUCCUUGCUCGCUUUCUCUCUCUCCUCUUUCAGUGUUCGUUCGAACACGGCCCGGUACGGUUCUGUCGCCCCGUGCUCGAAGGAUUCUCUUCGUGAUGGGAGCUCGCUGCCGCGGUGGUAUCGGCAGGUUCCCUCGGUAGCCGAUUCCCCGACCCAUCCAUGUCGCACGUCCCGUCAGGGUGACACGCGCGAUUCUCGCUCGCGGUCCGUACAAUCGACACACGUAUAUAUAUAUAUAUAUACAUACACAUACACACAUAUACACACGUAUAUAUACGUAUACAAUUCGGAGAUAAACAUCCGGGAGAAGAUAAAGAAGGGGGGGGACUUGGAAACGCGGAAACGGAGGAAGAGGGUGAAAAGUGCGUGUCGUGGAGAGAGAAAGAGUGCGGUAUCGGGAAGGGGGAGAUAAAAGUGUAAGAGUAACCGUGAAGAAAACGUGAAGCUGCGAAUUCCUCUUAUUCUCGUCGAUAUUCUUAUCGAUGGGAAACGAACGGUGGUGAGAAGACCGCACGAAGGAAGGAAGACGCGGGUUCGUACGACGACGUUUGUCGUGCCGUUUGGUUUGAAAGAGUUUAAAAAAAGGAAAAAAAGAAAAAGAAAGAAAAUAAAAAAAGGAAGAUUCGUAUAAAUUCGAUCAAACGCGUCGAUUUCUUGGAGGAAAUGGGGGAAUCGAGAUCGUAGGUUUCGCCAAGAUAUUCGAUCCUUGUUUGGAAUCUCUGAUCGUUGUUGGAAAUAAUAGGGAGACAAUUGGAUCUUGCCACGUUGAAUCGAGGCUGGUGGAAAAAACGAGUACGAAACGAGUUACGCGCGCGAGACGUGAAAUCGGAGGAAAGAUGCCGGGAAAUUAUUCGACUCGUUGCGAGCCAGGUCUGGUGGUGCCGAUAUGGAGGCCGCAGGAGAAUCUCAAUCUUUCGGACAUAAUCUUCCGCGGCUUCGUCUAUUUCUCCCUGUUGUUGUACCUGUUCAUCGGCGUGUCGAUCGUCAGCGAUCGUUUCAUGGCGGCGAUCGAGGUGAUCACCUCGAAGGAGAAGGAAUUGGUCGUUCGCCGGCAGGGCAAAGAGCCUCAGAUCGUUGUGGUGCGAGUAUGGAACGAGACGGUUGCGAACUUGACGUUAAUGGCGCUGGGCAGUAGCGCGCCCGAGAUCCUUUUGUCGAUCAUCGAGAUCUGGGCGAAGAACUUCGAGGCCGGUGAAUUGGGCCCGGGCACGAUCGUUGGCUCGGCCGCGUACAACCUCUUCGUCAUCAUCUCGCUGUGCGUGUUCGUGAUACCGAACGGCGAGACGAGGAAGAUCAAACAUUUGAGAGUUUUCUUCGUCACCGCCACGUGGAGCAUCUUCGCUUACGUUUGGCUCUACUUGAUCCUUGCGGUCUCGAGCCCCGGCGUGCUCGAAGUUUGGGAGGGUAUACUCACAUUCUCCUUCUUCCCGGCAACCGUGCUCACGGCCUACGUGGCCGACCGUCGCCUCCUCAUCUACAAGUAUCUGCACAAGGGUUACAGGAUGAACAAGAGGGGUGUGAUCGUGCAGGCCGAGGCAGGCGACUCGGACGGCGGGGUGGAGCUUGAGAUCAAGCCGCAGCAGGACAGUUUUCACAACAUGACGGACGCGGACACGCCCGAGGCGAAGGAAUUCGAGCAGACGAGGAGAGACUACAUCAACACGUUGAGAGAGUUGAGGAAGAAGUAUCCUACUUUGCCGUUGGAACAAUUGGAGGUGAUGGCCCACGAGGAGGUGCUCGGCAAAGGGCCGAAGAGCAGAGCGUUCUACAGGGUGCAAGCGACGAGGAAGAUGGUCGGUGCGGGGAAUCUGAGCAAGAAGAUCAGCGAAAGGGCCCAGAGCGACUUGAGCGAGGUGAAGGCCGAGCUUCAGAAGCAGGAAGCCGAGAGCGUCGAGGUCGAGAACGUGAACGCGAUGAGAAUCUUCUUCGAGCCUGGCCACUAUACCGUGAUGGAGAACGUUGGUAGUUUCGAGGUGGGAGUGACCAGAGCCGGUGGCGACCUGAGCAAACCGUGCACCGUCGAUUAUUGCACCGAGGAUGGCUCCGCCGAGGCUGGUUCCGAUUACAUUAGCGCCAAGGGCACCCUCACCUUCGAUUCGGGCGAGACUAAGAAGACCAUCAAGCUGUCCGUCAUCGAUGACGAGUUGUUCGAAGAGGACGAGCAUUUCUACGUUAGAUUAAGCAACGCGUCCCAGCCAGCCAUGCUAGUUUCACCUAGUUUAGCGACCGUGAUGAUUCUCGACGACGAUCACAGCGGCGUGUUCGGAUUCCCCGAAAGGGAUAUGGAGCUCGUGGAAAGCGUUGGCCAGUAUCCUUUGCGAGUGAUGAGAUACAGUGGGGCAAGGGGGCGCGUGGUCGUCCCUUAUCGCACCAUCGAGGGUACCGCUAAGCCUGGAAAGCAAUACAUGCAUACCGAGAGCUCCCUCACGUUCGAGGACAAUCAGACCGAAAAAGAGAUCACGUUGGAGAUCAUCGAGGAGGAUUCGUACGAGAAGGAUGCCCUGUUCUACGUCGAGCUGGGUGAGCCACAGUUACAAGGGGCCGAGGCAGGGAUCGCAGUAGCGGCGGAAAUGAAGCAGCCGGAGGAGCGCACCGCCGAGGAAAAAAUGGCGUUGCUCGGGAAACCGAAGUUGGGCGAGGUGUUCAGGGCACAGAUACGGAUCAAAGAGUCGAAGGAGUUCAAGAAUACCGUGGACAAACUGGUGCAAAGGGCCAACGCCUCUAUACUGCUUGGUACCAGUUCCUGGAAGGAACAGUUCACGGAGGCGCUGACGGUGAGCGGGGGCGACGAGGACGACGAGGGUGGCGGGGAAUCGGCGGCGCCGUCCACCUUGGACUAUCUGAUGCACGGCGUGACGAUAUUGUGGAAAGUGUUGUUCGCGUUCGUUCCUCCCACGGAUAUCGCCGGUGGUUACCUGUGCUUUGUCGUCAGCAUAUUCGGGAUCGGUGUGGUGACGGCGGUAAUAGGAGACGUGGCAUCCUACUUUGGCUGCACCCUAGGCAUCAAGGACUCGGUUACCGCGGUUGCCUUCGUCGCCCUCGGCACCAGCAUCCCCGACACGUUCGCGAGCAAGGUGGCCGCAUGCCAGGACAAGUACGCCGACGCGAGCGUGGGGAACGUGACCGGAAGUAACGCGGUGAACGUCUUCCUGGGGAUCGGCGUUGCAUGGAGCAUCGCGGCCAUUUACCAUGCGUUGCACGGUGACAAGUUUAGAGUAAAACCGGGCAACUUAGCCUUCUGCGUGACGUUGUUCUGCACGGAAGCGUGCCUGGUAAUAUUAGUUCUACUACUGAGGCGGACGAAAAGCAUUGGCGGCGAGCUCGGCGGGCCAUUCGUCCCAAAAGUGAUCACGUCGCUGAUCCUUUUUUUCCUCUGGGUGUUCUACCUCAUUAUGUCGAUCCUCGAGGCCUACGGCUAUAUCGAGGGCUUCUAAAAGGAGCCCGUUCAGCGGCAGCAAACGUCGGCCUACACCCGCUCCGCGUGUAUCUUAAACUCGUCGCGUCCGCCAAGGCGUGUGCUCAACGAAACGUUCUCUCGGACAAAAAGGAAGUGGAAUCGAAGGGGUGCGAUUUCGCUGGCGAACGAACACUCUGUGCCGGAAAACUACUGGUGGUAGCUUUCGCCCUCCCACAUCCGGGAUUGAUUUAACAACGAACGUGAUCGCGUGACGUUAUUGAAUGCGUGCAUGUGCGUAGAGGUACCUGAGAGGGAGUGAGAAUGAGAGAAAGAAAGAAAGAGAGAGAGAGAAAGAACGAGAGCGUGAGAACGUGUAACUGAGAACGAGCGAAGAAGAAGUUAAUUGGAGGGAAGAAAAGGAAAGAAAGGAGAAAGAUGAGAAAUGGUGGGAAAAGAGGAGAGGACAAGAGCGAACAAAGGAGAAGCUUACGUGUGCGAGGAAGUAAAGUGAGUUUGCCUUAAAAUAAUAAUUUUACGGAUAGAUCACAUAACGAAUGGUUAUAUAUAGGUCGAAAAAAAGAAAAAAAAAGAAAAAAAAAAAAAAAAAAGAAAGAAACGUGUUCUAAUCUCCCGUGGGCCCGUGAAUCAUUCGUUCACGGUUGUUAUCAAAUAUAUUGAUGAAAAAUACAGAAGUAUAUAUUAUAUAUAUAUAUACACACAGACACACGUAUAUAUAAAAUAGCGUAUUUAUUUAAUCGUUCGAUGAACAGGACGUACACACACACGCGCGCGCGCGCACGCGCAUACACAUACACAUACACACAGGUUUCUAUGAUAUUUUAGUAGCGGAUUGUAUUGCCAUUCCUCUUUCGCCAGAGAACGAUGUCGCUAAUUUUAUAUAAACGUAUAUUAUCAUACGAUACUACUUUUAAAAAGAAAAAAAAAAUAAACACGAUCCUCGAUGCUUUCGCGAUCCUACGACAAGUUUUCGAGCGUUUCGUACGCAUUGUGUUAUACAUAUACAUAUAUAUUAUAUCAAAAGAGAUCGUAGAUUUCCAUCGCAAAAAUUCCAAAAAUCGCGAUCUUACGAAGGAAUAUUUACUUAUUAGAGAAUAAAUAAGACGAGGAUACAUACAUAUAGCAGCGAUAAAAGCAAGGCAGUGUAUAGUGGAAGCGCGAAAUCGUAUUCACAUCCCCCGCGAAGGGGUGGGAAAUUUUCGAAAGAAGAUAAACGUUUUAUUUUACGAAAUUUCAUUCGAACGUCCUUCUUUUCAGUACGCAGUACUUAGGAAUUUAAUUAAGAUCGAGUUUUUUUCCCCCCCUUUCUUUUAUUUUAUUCAUUGUUUCCGUUUAUCUUAUUAUCCAAAUAAAUUGAAUCUCAAAAAUAAUAACGCGCGAUCUCGAUAAUAAUAAGCCUUGCUCGCCGCGAUAAUUGCUUAGAUCGUUAACUCACUAACACGAUGAAACAUGUUUGCUAUUUAUUAAGAGUAAUUAGAUAGUGCGACGAAAAAAAAUAAAUAAAUAAAUAAAUAAAUAUAUUUCAAUGCGUUCGCGGUAAAGUGGCGGCCUUCGUUCGAAUGUUGAAAAUUUUCGUUGGUGUUCACUGCCUUUGAUCGAGGGUCGCUUAAACCGUCGAUUAAAUCGUCAAGAGUUUUUUUCAAAAAGUUUGAACGGACAUUUGGUAGGGAAACGUAGAUAGAAUACGCACGAUAACAUGCAUCAGGUAUAUAUAUAUAUAUAUAAAAAAAAAAAAAAAUGCAAUUCCGAAUAUCGGGGCUGAUAAAGAUUAUAGAAGCCUCUCUGUAAUAAUAACGAAUAAUAGAAGUUAGCGCGCGUUGAAAAAGAAAAAAAAAAAAAAAACAAACAGCUUUUCCGAACUAGCCGGAAGCCUCGUUUUUAAAAAGAAAAAAAAAAAAAGAAAGAAAGAAAGAAAGAAAGAAACGUGAUCAAAGUUCACCGAAACAUUUAUAUAUAUAUCUCUAUAGGAAUACUCGAAAGAAUCACAGUGACUUAAUAACGUUCUCAGUGAGAACAUAAUGUUCGAUUAAUUUUAGAGAAACCGUUGUAAAUACGGCCGCGACCGGUUGUAUCGUGGUUCGUGUUCUUAAAAAAAUAAAAAAAAAAAAAAAAAAAGAAAGAAAAGAGGGAAAAAAAAAAAAAAGGAAAGGAUGGCGUUUUUUCAAAAGCUUUAGCUGAACAUACAGAUUUAAUCACAACACUGCAAAGGUUGUACACUGAUUCAAAUAAUUACUUUUCAUCUUUUUCACAGAGAGAUGAUUAAGAGAAAAACCUCGGUUUUGCCUCCUGUAAAGAUAAAGAUCGACGGUGUCGUCCACCGACAUUCGCCGUUCUCUCUAGUCGAUUUAAAUAUAGAAGCAGAAGUCUCGUCGCGACUAAUCCCCGUGGAACGAUAUCCCCAAAAGAUAUCAUCCCCCGUUUACGAUCGUUAAAGUUAGCAGACGUGGUUGAUGAACGAUUCAUGCUCCGAGCCUUGCAUCGAGUGAACCUUCUCUUCGUGGAAUCGCGUGUAAUUAAGGAGAGGGGUGGGCUAGAGGGAAGAUAAAAGGUCAGAGACGCUCGAAGCGACGUUGGUCGGCCCCUUUAUACCGUUACUUCCGAGUGGUUGUAUCCGAGAAAAAUCUCUGGCCCUCCCCCUCCUUUUAACUGUUUCGAGAUUGCUUACUACAAGCUUCCCUUUUCAUUCGACGAAUAUAAUAGAACCGAUACGGGGAGAAUUUCAGGAUUUCAGGGGGGAAAUUCUCUCGAGGGGGCGCGUACAAUAAGGAUAGGAUUUCACGGGAGGUGAAUCAAUCAAUUUUCGAUGUCGUUUACAGGCAGAGAGACGUGAAGGAAAAGGCGUAAGAAAGGCGAAUCGUAGAGGGCCAUCUUCUUCGUGGAUGGCCAAAAGCGGAACCCGCGUCACGGAAGUCCUGAAUGGACGGUUAUCGAUCCGCGAAACCGUUCCUCCUUUCCUUUUUGGGGAAAAAAUCGACAAUUGAAAACAAGGGGUGAAAACUUGUGCGUGAGAGAAAAACCUGAAUCCAUUACUUACACGAUUUCUUUUUCUUUGUUUGUUUUGUUGUGUGGUGAUCGACAAACAAAUCAUUCGCAAGAGAAUCAAAACGAUUUUCUAUAAAUGAUGUGCAAGAUUCGUUCCAAGAUCGUUCUAAGAUUGCAUCGAGAUUACUUGAAGGAACAAAACGAUUUGAAGCGAUCGCGUUAUUUGAAAUUCGUUCGAAUAUUUUUUCGAGAUUGCCAGUCAAGAUUCUUUGAAAAUUUCGUUGAAAAUAUAUUCAGGAAUACAUCGAUAUAAUAAUAUUCAACGCACAUCGUUGUAUAUAUAAUCCAAUGAGGUACAGUUUCUAUAAAAAUAUUGUCAUAUCUACUCAGAUUACAAGAGAUAAUCAAUUAAUACAAACGCACAUAAGACGAUUAGAAUUUUCAAUAGAAAGAAAGAAAAUAAUAAUAAAAAAGUUUUAACGAGAUCCUCGUUAAAAAUUGAAAUUGCGAGAAAUAAAAAAAAAAAAAAAAACUUGGUAUGCAUAAUUAUCCGCAUUGGUUAGUUAGAAAACAAUCGUGGGUCAAUACUGACGAAGCAGAUUUACAAUCGUGCCUUCGUUCACGAUUGUUAAUUGAACGAAUCACUACCUCGGCCUCGACUCGUCCUAAUUUGCUUUUAACCAUCCAUUUCGAGGAUCCCCGAACGCGCCUCCGUGAAAAGUGGAUGAAAAAUAAAUGAAAAGCGAGAUGAUGCGAAUGCCCGGAAUUCUCCAUCGAAUCUCUUCCUUUUCGUCUGCCUGCAAACGAUAGUGGCCAGAGAUUAAAAUACACGCGAUCUCUCCUAGUCAUUUACGUGAGAUACCAUCGAGCUACCACAUUCGCGUGUAGCACCGCGUGUAUACCCAUUUACGCAUCCCAGUCACGACCAGGUUUCGCGUUUUUAUUUCACUCCAUUACCAAAAGCUCCGGGGGAUUGAUAUUAAAAGCGUGAAGAAAAUUUAAAAAAAAAAAAAAAAAAAAAACAAGAAGAAGAAGAAAGCGGCGGUGAAAGUUUCGCGUAAACGAUGACACAGUCGUGAUGUCAGCCAAAGAUCACGAAAGAUAUAAAUACAUAUAUGUAUAUGUAUUUAAAAAAAAAAAGGGGGGGGGAAAGAAGUAUAUAGUGUACAAGCGUCAUAGAUAUUUUAAUAAGAGAUACCGUUCAAAGAGAUUUAAUAUACUAAUAUAUAUAUACAUGUAUAAAUAAUAUACAUACAGUAGGACGAUAUAUAGACGACACUCAAUAGCAAAGCGUUGAAGUGAUAAACCGUAAACGGGAUCGGAAACGUUACCAAUUUCUCGAGAUUUUUCUAUCGCUGGACGGAAUCGAUCGUCACGAUGAUGCGAGAGAGAGAGAGAGAAAGAGAGAGAGAAAAGAUCGAAUCCCUUCGAUCGCGAAAAUCGUCGUCGCGGCUGAUCGGAGAGAAAGGAGGGAGAAAAAAAGAGAAAAAGAAAAAAAAAAAAUAAUAAUAAAAAUUCGUUCGAUUUCUGUUCAAAACGAGGUGCUUCGUCGCGACCUUCGUGCGUUCCACCGUCUCGAAACGAUGCAUGCACGCGAAAAUACAUUCUGCUACUGAGUACCUGAGAUUCAUCCCUUCGAUUUGCUUUCAACGAGCAACGUCCCGAAAUCGAAAAAAUCCAACGUCCGUUGCUCAUAACCAUCGCUCUGCAACGUGUAACGUGUUCAACCGCUUUCACUCGUGUGUACUACUCCAUCGAUGGAAAUACGGAAUCGUAUUCUUACUCCUCUUCUUCUUUCAACCCUUUCGAGUUGAGAAGUCGCGCCUAUCGCUGAAAUCGGAUGUCGCGUCGUGUUUCUCGCGAUUGUUGCACCACAAUUCGUAACUCUUGCGAACGAAUUUACGCGAUAUUAUACGAAUUCCUAAUUCGGAAUUUCACUCGCGAGCACGUCCCAAGAGAUCGAUACGGUGUUUUAUAACAGUUAUAUACAAAGUUGCAAAGGAAUUAUCAGCGGAGAAAUAUGGUAAUAGGCGAAUGAUCAGGCACGGUCAAAAAAGUAUUGAAGCGCGUAUAUCUCGACGAUCGGAACGUCCAGCAGAAUUAUCGGCGAGAAUUUAUGGAAACGGACGAUCUCUCUUCUUCGUGCAUUUAUUCCAAUUACUCUUUCACCCAGCCUCUCGCGCAACGUCCUUUCAAUCCUGCUAAACGGAUCUGCUACGAAACGAGUUCAAUCGAGUUCAAUGUUUAUGCUACGAAUGAAUUCGCUCGUUUUAUUCGCGGAGCGUCGUUUUUAAACCGGCACUAUUCUCUUCCUCGUUUUGUUUCUCUUCUCUUCUUUCUUCUCUUUUCCAGUUUUUUCUUUUUUCUUUUUUUUUUUUUUUUUUUUCUUUGCUUCGUUUGUAUCAUCGUUAACCAAACGUUCGUUUACUUUACGAACAAACGAGUUUGAUUUUGAUCGGAAAAAUUUCGUUUCAUUACCGAAUCGAUGUAUUUUGUUAUUCGAUCUGUUAAUUUUUUUUUUUUUUUUUUAUCUUUUCUCCCUUCGUUUCGAUAUUUGAGAAAGAUCGUCACGAACGAUAGCUCGCGGAUAAAUAUUUCUCACUCGUUUUAGGAUUAAGACGAUGCGGAUUAAAGGGAAUGUUCGAAGUGCCAAUUUAAUUUCGUGUUCUCUAUUCUAUCAACACGAACAACAUCGACACGACUAACUAAUUUUUCAAAUUGAAAUUGAAACCGUGAUAUAAACUAUCCGGCAAAAAUUGAUUAAAUAUGGGGGCGAAGUUAACGAAUAAGUUAAACGAACAUGUCAGAAUCUCGAAACAAAGGUACGAAAAAAAAAAAAAUAAUAAUAAUUGCAAUAUUCCCUCGCGGCACUCGACUCCGUUUAAUCGGUGUGUGCAUUUGCUGUUAAAAUACGUAGCUAUAUAUUUAGAAUCGAACGAGAGCGAGCGAAGAAACGCUCGCUGUUUAAUGGACAUUAUGUUUGCUCGAAUCUAAAACCGUCGUUCCACGUGGCCAGUCCCAAUUCCUAUCGACAUAGCGAAUCGAAUACCGUAAAAUUCCAAGAAAUCGUGAGAAAUUCGCGAAAAUUUUUCCUUGAAAGUUUUCACGUACCAUCGACCGAUAUUGACAAAUAUAUUUCACAAGGGAUGAAAAGUAUUACCGAUCGAGCAAAAUAUCUGUAUCUCGUCGAAAGUAAUGUCUCUUUCGAUCUCUUUUCCUCUUAAUUUGUCGUAAAGUAUCUGUGCCAGAAAUGCACGGUACAUAAAAUCGUGCACGAAUUAAGUGAGAUUUUAACAGAGAUGUAUCGCAAAGUGUGUUCGCGUAGGUUGAUUAAUAUCGAGUAUAUUUGUUAGGCCAACGUGUGCGUUUAUACGUUUUGUAUUCUCUAUAUACGAUCUCACGCGAUCAAAGAUGAUUAGUUGAAUAGAGGUUAGGAAGAAAUGUUUUAGUUUAGAAUUGGCUCUUAUAGAUAAUCGUAUGUAUCAGUAUCGAUAGAGUUUAAUUGUUAUUGGAAACGAAAGAACCAAAAUGAUAAAUGCAGAUUCUUGAAACAUAUUACAAGACUUUCGUGAAAAGACUUGAUCGAGUUCUCGACCAAUUUUCAUUCUUCGACUUGCAACUUCGAGUCAUAUCUAAAACGUUCGUAGAUUUCGUUCUUGCGACAAUGAAUUAUCCAUCGUUCGGUAUUUUAUAUAUUUAAGAAGAAUUUUGUUGUUUCUUAACGACAAUCAUAUAAGGAUUAACGUUAGAGUUUAUUAUUAUAAUAGGCUGAUUUAACAUCGAUAGCUACCACUGAUUAACUUAUUACGUACUAUAUACUUGUAACAUCUUCGCUUGUUGUGAUUUUGAAAAAAAAAAAUGAGAAACAUAUUAUCUAGUCAAUCAUAUAAUUAGCAUUUGUACCUGUGAACAAGGAUAAACUAAGUUCGAUUUAAAUAUAUUGAAAUCACACGGACAAAGUGGUAGCCAGUUCGUUUGAGGUUAUAAUUCGAUUCUUGUGCAAAUUAUCGCUUUGAAACAAGGUAUCUGCAUUACCUAGUUUAAAUUAAAAAAGAAGAAUUAAACUUCAAGGUUAUACGCACAGCCAGGACCAGUACGUAAAAUUUCAAACUUGAGGAAAAAAUAUUUUAAAAAUCUCGUCUUUUCUCUUUAUUCGGUAUACGCUAGUUUCGACUUUCGUCAAUUGAUUAGUCAACCGUAUACGCGAAACGACCAAUGUAUUAGAGAGAAUUUUUCGAUUUGGACCAAAAUCGGAACGAACAUUUGGAAAAUCAUUUCUCUGCGCGUGAAAAAUGUUAUCAAAACGUUAUUAGCCAUAAAGCGAACAAGAAAUUCUCAUGCGCUACUUUCGAUUCCUGAAACUUAUCGAAUCGCUCGUAUUUUCUUUUCUAAAUUGUUUUCGUUCGUGAGAAAUAUAAUACAGAAAUACAGCUAUACACAGCUAUCCACGAAAAAUUUGAAAUCACCAAUCGCGUUUCAAGAAUUUAAGCAAAAGUUAGGUUAGAAUUUUAUAACCUCAAAAGAUUCUUUCUCGUGAAACAUCUAUGAUAUCUGUAGUAUUAGAUUUUAAUUAAUAAUUAAAAUUAGCGAAGGAUUCGAUAUAAUUACUAUCGAAAAAAAGUGAUUUCAAAUUUUUUUAAUCAAUAGUAGUGCGUUACACGUAAACCGGGGCUGGCCAUGAACAUUCUAUGAUGACUAAACAUAUUACUAAAUUUACUAAACUUAUCGAGAUUUCUAUUCAAACUUUAGUCUCACUCAAAAAAAUCCUAUUAUACUUAUACACUUUUAUCUCAACUCCUUUCUUCAACUACUAUAUAUACACUAAGUAUAUAAUUGAAAAGAAAAAUAAAAAAAUGUAUUCCUAUCUAUACCUAUUAUACACGAUCUCUAACUCUUUGAUCUAUUGUUCUAUCUUUGUCUUUACACACCGUCUUUACUCGUCACUUGCACGAUAUUCGUAGAGAAGGAAGAAAGAAACAUUAAAAAAAAAAAAAAGAUUACAAUUAUUAUUAUUAUUAUUAAAAGUACACGUAGGACCAUUUCGGCUCGCUAGAAGAGUUCAUUCUCUCGUGAAUCGCGAGAUUCGAAAUCGCUAUCGUUAUCGAACGGCCCGACUUCCACGCAACAGCAAAGAGAACAUCGGAAAGAAAAGAAAAAGAAAAAAAGAAAUGAGAAAAAAAGGAAAAGAUAAAGGAUUCGACACGGCGAAACAAACAGCAUCGGAACAUCGAUACAAGAGACUUCAAGAGAGUCAAGUGACUCGGAUAUCUCGCAACACGCUCUCUAUUCGCGACGGUGAUAUAAAUAAGAAAAUAGUUGCAGGUAGCAGGAUGGUCGGGCCGUGGAUGUUCCUUAGAAACAUUUCGAGAACUAAAGUUACACCGUAAGAUAGGGAAAACUUUGUAAAGUAGAUAGCGGAAAGAAGAGACAUGAGUGGGGAACGCGGGGUGAGGGGGAGGGGGGUUAGCCUUUCGAGGGCGCCACUCGAGCUAAUGGAAGAAGAAAACAAAAUGGAUGAAACGGAAGGAGGAAUUCGCAUUGAAUGCGAGUUUUGUAUAUCGUAUAAAACGUAUAUAUAUACAUACACACACACACACACAGUAUUGCUCGCCAGUAGAGAUUAUUAAACGAUGUAUAUAUGUAUUGUUGCGUUAUUUGCCUAACAGUUAAAAAAGAAACGUAACAGGUGCGUUACGAGACGAUCGAGAGAAUUAUACAAGUUAAAAGAAAAAAAAAAAAAAAAAAAAUUCUUCUUCCUUGCCGUCACGAGCAAUCAUGUCCGAUGAUUAGGAUGAGUGUAGAGUAUUAUGCACCAUAUUAAAUGGUAAUGUUGUAAAUAAGUAAGAUGAAAAGUUGCUGAUUUUAUGAGAUUUACAAGUGUCAUCGAUGCGAAUUCAUUAGGACAAAAUCGAUCGCUCGACAACCGGAUGAAUCUCGUCGCGGUUAUCUUUUUCGAGUUUUUAGUUCCUCUCCGACUGUCGUCGAUAUAUUUACAAGCACCGGUUAGUUAGUUAGGGUAUAUAGAACACUGUAAAGAUAUCAAUAAUAUAAUUUUUAGCGAUCAUCGAGCGGAAUAUCGUACGUCCGAUGGUCGCAUCAAUGACACCGAAAAAUUCGUCGUUUCGUUGAUCGUUUCCUCGCAGGUCGCUAAGAGGCCUCGAAUAAUUCUCGCUGUUCGAUCGAUUGUUAAUCGUAAGAUCCACACGGUGGACGAGACACGCGUCCCUUUUAGCACGUAAGGAUACCGAAGAUAGAAGUUAAGCCCAUAGCGAAGAUGAAGAACAAAAAAAGAAAAAAAAAGAAGAAGAAGAAUCGACGAGUUGAAUGUAACGCGUAAAGCAAAAAAAAAAAAAAAAAAAAAAAAAUUGAAAAAGGAGAAAAAAAUGAGUUUACAUAGCGAACACUGCAGAAACGAGGAAACAUUCUUCAUUUUCAGUUCAGCCCUGAAACACCUCACACGGAUUUUCUAUUCUUCUUUCCACUCUUCUAUCCAUCCAUUAUCUUCGUCGACUUUUUUUAUCCCGUUUUUUUUUUUUUUUUUUUUUUAAUCUCUCUCGUCCCUCCAACUGAGAAAACACAUAGCCCGUCGCUUCGAAUUGUCACAUUUCAAUCCGUAUGAAUUGAUUAUAUCACUCUUACCCCUUCUUUCCACGCUUCCUUAUUUUCCUUAUUUUUUCCUCUCUCUUAAUUAUUUUAUUUUCGAUAUCAUGUAUUCCGAUUCCGAAAUAGAAACGAUCCUUUUGCACGCAAACUUCCGUUUUUUUUUUUUUUUUUUUUUAUCUCUCGACCUUUGCGCCGAUACAACGAAAUGUGAUUACGUCGCGCCCGUAAAAACGUUCGCAAAGCAUGAUCGUAUAUCGCUUGAAUCAAGAAACUAUUUAACUAAUCUAGAGGCAUCUCCUCGCCUGGCGGGAAGGUCGAGACUUAUCGCGUAAUCGCGUUGCCGCCGAUCGCAUACCUCUCUCCUGAAGAGGUUCGAGCAAUUAACCCACGCCGAGAUAACGCGAGUUACGAGAUAAUGAGCAAAAGUGUUGCGAUCAGCGUGCCGAUCAAUGCCGUUUCAUGAUACCAAGCGUGCAAAUUCGUUUCUCCCUCCCCCUCCCCCUCCCUCUUCUUCCUCGAUUAGAGAAAUUAGAACAAACUAAGUUGGAUAAGUUUAUUACAUUUGAUUGAAUUUUUUGAACGAAACUACUAAACUGCAUCCUCGUUUCGUGAAUUGAUUAUUGAUUUUACAAAUAAUACGUGAAUACUAUUCAUCGAUUUUCUAGUUAGAUUUCUUACAUAUACCACAGAACGAUAUCAAUUCCGUUUAUCUUUUAGAUUCGAAGCACGCCCGAGUCAUUUUAGAAUUUUCCAUGCGAAACGCGUUAGUAAAAUCGUUUGCGAACAAGAAGGGUUGAUAAAGAUGCAAAACGGUUUAUCGAAGAAAAAUUCUUCGUUUCAUCUGCGAGGGCACGGCAUUGGAUACGUUCGAGAGAUAUCCCCGAGCACAUGGAUUCAAAAGGUGCACACGGGAAGGAACGUGGUACUUUACCGUUUAUGCGAAAGUAUCGAUCUUUCGCCUCGAUUCUUCCAACUAUCGAGGAGCGAUAAUGCUUUAUCUUCCGUCUUCUAUGUAUAAUUCCUAUUGUACAGAAAGAAGCAAAAGGGAAAAGAAAAAGAAAAAGAAAGAAAGACAGAAAGAAAGAAAGAAAGAAAGAAAGGGCCGAGGGGGGGGGGGGCCGGGUUCCUUCUAAAAAUAUCGUUGUAAGACGUUAAGCCGUUUUAUGCCUACGCUCAUUAUUAUUGGCAUUAUUAUUAUUAUUAUUAUUAUUAUAUUGUCGAUCCGACUUUCGUCGUUUGCAUCCCUUCGAAACGUUGCUCUCUCGAACGAAAGAUUCAAAUUCAAGAAGAAUGGGCAUGCGAACGACGAAGGGACGGAUAAACGUGUUAAUUGUUGAUGUACGAUCUCGUUGAGAACCCCUGAGGGAAAAAAAAAAGAGGAAAAAGAAAAACUUUAAAAAGAAACAGAGAGCGAGAGCGAGAACGAGAAGAGAGUCAGAAUGUGAGCGAGAGAAAGAGUGAGAGAGAGAAAGAGAGGGAGAGAAAGAGAGAGAGAGAAAGGGAAAAAAGAUGGUAACCGCUUGCCUUCGAUGCAACGAAAAAAAAUAUAAAUUCCUUUUUAAAGCUCGACAAAAAUUAAGAGCCUAUUCGAGAUAUUUGCAAGUAGGAUAUUUAAAAAAAAAAAAGGGGGAAAAAAAAUAUGCAAAGUUAAAGAAAAGAUAUUUUAGAAAAGACAAACUGUUCUAUUAUAUUAUAUAUAUAUAUAUAUAUAUACACACACACGAGGAAAGAUACUAUAUAUCUUAUUUAUUUGUCCUGUUGUAUAGUAACAAUUAACUAAGUCGUUGCUUGAUCGCAAGCGGAUCACGCGUGCCGAAACAAAAAAACAAAACAUUACGCGAUCGACUAAGAAUCAAUUAAUUGUAAUUGAGUCGAAAGUGCAAAAUAUACAGACAUUAAAUGUUA